ACAUUGCUGGUCUUAAAUUAUCUUCUUUGCUUUCCUUCAUUUAAGGAUAUGGUAGACCUUCGCGGAUGUCCUUCGCAAAAAAUAAAAAGAAUUACGUGCUAUUAAAACAUAGCGAACAUAAACUAGAUAUCAAUGAAAUGUUUAUGAAAAACACUAUUCGAUCGGAAAAAGUAAUUUUGCUUUAGGUUGAUCUUAUCUUAAUUCAAAUGGGGCGCGACCAUCUAAAAUGGACGAUGUUUCUUUGAGCGAAUUAAUCAAAUAUCAAAUCUGACCACACAAAUAAAACUUCUGCACAAUUUCAGUUCUGAGGAGUUGAAUCUUCAAAACCGUGUGGGGAUUUUCUGAUAUUUUCUUAUUUGUUGCGGCUUAAAGCACGCCACAGCAAAACUUAAUGGUUGCUUAUCGAGCUCUAGCAGCGAAGAUUGCCUUAACCAUGAGCCUUUGUCCGUUUGGGUGAGAUAAUAUUUAUUUCGCCAUUCCGCGUCGAAUUUCUGGUAUCCGGUUUGAUUGCACCGUGUUUAAAUCGCUCGCAGUUAGAUCGCUUCAACCAAAAGUUAGAUCGCUCCACUCGAAAGCUAGAUCGCUCCAUCAAAUAAGUUACUUCGCUCACAGCGUAAGUUACUUCGCUCCAUGUUGUAAUGUGAAGUAUUACUUGCCACUGAUCUUUAAAGAUUAUACGUGAUGAUGUGUCUUGCAACGAUUCGAGUACGUCGUAUUCUCUCUGUCCUUCAGAUUAGCCACCAGGCUACCGAUGUAUGAUGUAUAGCGAUGAUGGAAUAAAUGAUCGUGGAAUAAACUAUAACGUUACAGUCCGAAGUGUAUUAAAAAAGAUCAUUCAAAUACAAAUACUGUCCAGUGUGACGUAUUUUGCUGUUUGAUGUAAGAAAACUGAUAAUUAAAAAAGUAGAGUACACCUCGUGAGUCCCUUACAUGAGGGUUUAUUUGUUCUUUCAAGGGCGCGCGAGCGAUCUUAAUAGAUUGUUAAGCAAGAUAUACACGUCAUUUAAUGAACUAUUAAUUUAGAUAUUUUCAUGUCCCAUGUCAGUCGCCAGUAAAAGGUGGCUAACAGUAUCACCUUCACCACAAACAUAUCUGUUGUUUAACAUGUGACAUUCUCAUCAAUAUCAGCUAAUUAGUGUGUGAUCUUUUACGGAAUGUUCUAAAAGUGAGAAAUAAGUUUGCAAACAUCAUUAGCAUUAACCGAUGAGAAAUCAGAACUUCGCGACACACUGAUUCCGUGGCUGUGUAUAAAAGGGGUAUUUUAUUGCGAGCAAUCAUAAAGCAUCAAGCUACGAUCACGAUCACCACUAGAAAACGAGUUCAAUCCACGAUGUCUUCAAAGUGUAUGUCAUAUAAGAGGCUAGUCCGAGCGCGUCAACAUGCAAGGAGUUCAGUGCGACAGUUGCAACCGUUGGAAACAUCGUAUCUGUGGAGCCAGUUGCUGCUUCCGCCGUCUACGAGCCAGUUCCUGAUUCCGUGGCUGCUGAUUCUUCAGACUCUUGGCCAUUAAUCAUUUUGGUUGUUUAAUUUUAAGCUGAGUGCAAUGUGCAUUACCCCUAAGGCCGAUCAUUCAUAGCGUUCCUUCCAUUUCUGCAUCAGGUUGCCCUUUUUUACCUCAAGUUCUUUCACUUUUUUUGGGCGAUAAUGCUAGAUUUCUUCUUUGUGGCACAUUUUGUUUAUCUCUGUGGUUUUUUUCGAUAUGUUAGGGAAUAAUGACAAAUCUCUCGUUCUGCCUCACAAAGUUAGCGAAUCUCUCCAGUCAACAUUAGACUCUCCAAAAGAGGUUGUAGAUAGAUUGCUUCACAAUCUUGAUGACGCCUCGCUGGAACAUCCAAAACCUGAAAGUGAGAAAUGGAUCCGUUGCCUUGCGAGGAAUGCUAAAGAACAUAGCAGGAUUGACGUUUUUACCUAUUUAAGAGAAGUUGCGCCAGCAGGGACAACAGGUCCAAAGCUGCCUGAAACCCUCCUAGUCCAAGAAAUUCCUAAAAGUCGGCUAAUGGAACUGACAAUUACCCUCAGCGGGCGAGAGGAUUGGGAGAUAUUUGCUGAAAAACUGGGACUGACCCCCGCAGAGAUACGUUUUUUGGACAAGCGCGCGAAAAAUCAAGUGCUUGAAGUUUUGGUUCACGCUUCACAAAAAGAUCUCAUAACUGUGGGAAAUCUUUAUGACGUUUUGAAAGACUGUGGGAUGCCUAUCCUAGCUGACUUGCUUUGAAACCAGUAGUUCUCUUUCACUUUGAAGGAUAUGUUAGCAACUGGUUCAACCAUCAAGUAAUAUAUAUUAUUAAAAAUUUAUAUCUGAAUCAGGUAGCUUAGUUACUCCGUUAAACACUGCCCUCGAUUAAAAGCCGCAUACUGAGGGAAAGUACUAUAUGAAAUACACUACCUUGAAUAAAAAUCGUAUCCAACAA